AUGAGGACUUCAGUGGUCCUUCCCUCUCUCCCCAGAGCUCUGGCGCUCGCCUGUUUGAUACUUACUUGCGUUCACGCUGCAGCAAAUUUUACCAUUGUCAACGGUCAAAUAUACACACCAGGCUUAGCAAUAAUUGAUGCGCCUCAACCGUUCACGCCUGAAGGAGGUGAUUUCCUCCAAGUCGCCAUCGAUAUCUCAGGAAAUGGCCGCAUCCCUCAGCCUCCGUACUCUCCCAAUGUUGACACCGGCAUUCUCAAUAUCACCAUGUUCCUGUUCAGCUAUGUUACAGGCCUCAACUUGACGAUAUCCAAUGGCACCAGUGAUGGCUGUCAAGGCUUUCAGAAUGCGGGAUGUGAGCAGAUCAUGGCGCAAGAGAAUGGCAGUACUGUGAAGCAUGUCAACUGGGCAUGGCCGGACUGUUUCGUUGGUGAUGGCGACAAGGAUUCAGGUGCUUCCUCUGCCAGAGGCUCGUAUAAUGUCUCGAUCCAUCAGUCCUUCCGACUCAAUGGAACCGCAUAUUACACGAUCUUCAACCUCCCCAUCCAAGUGACCAAUUCCAUUCCCAACACCACGCAGCUGACAUCCAGAGGCACUCGCCCAUCGUGUGCUCUCCGAGAAAAUGUCCUGCAGAAUCAGACGAGCCAAGACGCGAGUGUGUCUCUGCCACCUUCUCAGCCAUAUCUCGGCGGAGCUCUCAGCGUUGAAGGCGGGACGCAGAAUCAGGCAGUUGCAGAGCUGCACGGCCUUGGUCGCCGUAUAACAAGAAUCUCAACCAUACUUGUCAUCACUCUGAUUUCAGGUUUGGUGUUGUGA